ACUAGACGUGUGAGCCAAUAAUUCGCUUAGGAUCGUUUGCUGCCUACAAAAACAGCAGGCUUUAGGAAUCUUCUUCUAACUUCCGAAUGACGUAGUACACAGAAUGACUCGAGCAGUAGUAAUGUGUGCGGCGGCCUUAGUGACUCUUGUUGUGAUCACAUGCCACGUGUCAGCGUUUUCCAUCAAUCGCAAGGCAUCCCCAGCGUCCGAUCUCUCUCCUGCCCUCAAGCUCCUCGAGAGACACAAACGUCAUAUUCCUGAUGGAGAUUAUUUAUAUUCACCCAGAUCUCGGGGCCAGCUGAGCCGAUUCGACGCCUGGGACAGGGAUGAGCCCAAUGCAAACGAGAGGCUGUUUGUGAAGGCGUUUGGUGAAAUGCCCCAAUACAGAGAUGAUUAUAAUCAAAAUAAUGUAGACAGUUCUUCUUUCGAAAAUUCAGUUAAAGCUGUCCAGCCUUCCAAGGAGGAGAUAGAAAAUAUAUUUAGCGACGAACAGGAGCAUGAUAAUGAUUUCAAUUCGAACAUAAUGAAGAAAUCGCAGAGUUUGUCAUACGAUGGCGAAUCGAAUUUAAAAGAGAAAAAAUCUAAAGAAAUUUUAAAUCCGUUAGCUCCGCUCCCUCCAAAAAUGAAAAAAUCUGUUAGUGAAGAUGACGUGAAAGUUAGUUUAGACAAUCUGACAAAGGAGGAGCUUGAGGUUCUGAUGAAUGUUGUACAAAAGUUAAAACAGCAGACGUCAGAAUCAGAAACAGCUAGCACAGCAGACGACAGUGAUACUUCAGUGAAGAGCGAAGCUCUGACUGUGACUGAUAAGGAGCUCACACAGAUGUUUGAGGACAUGCCACCAGUGACAGAAGAAACGAAAACAGUAGUAGCUUUCAAAGAUGGACGACCAGUAGCAGAGGAAUCAACAACUCGAGAAAAAGAAGAGAUUCCGAGUGACCUAACUGAUCAGGAAGCAGACAACUUCGAAGAAGAAGAAGAAAUAGCCAAUCAAAACUCGUUAUCACCGGAGGAUCAGUACUGGCUUUUGAACAACUACUUGUCAAUGAGCGAUACGAGAAAGAAGCGAGCGCCCAUAAAGAGAUCGUACGACCCUGCAGCCCUGGAGCAGACGUACCUGUCUGAGAUCGACAGGCUGCAGAAGAAGGUGGAGACUCUGAAGCUGAUUGCCCAGCUUGAGGACAUAGAGAACGAUGCCCUCACGAAGAGUCUGAACGAGGCCACGCUCUCUCAACGAGAAGGGACGGUCUCAGAGAAGGAGUUCGCAGGACUCAAGGAAGCCAUCAGCGUGGAGGAGGCUCUACAGGCCAUCAAGACAGGAGCCAUCAGUCCAGAGGAUCUCAGUGAAAUGGUUGCAUCCAGCGAGUCCAAAAGAGGUGAACCGCUCUAUAAAAAGGCUCGCAAGAAGAUGGAUCCCGGCAGUAUGGAAGACAGCUAUCCCGAGUAUACCAGGAAGCGACGAAAGUGGUACGAGGAGCCGGAACCAGAGAGUAUCUCUACGAGGAAGAGGAAUUUCCUUGAAGCUCAACGCAGCGUUGACGAAAUGGUUAAUGACUUUACAACAGGUUUGGACCAGUCUGCCAAAGAAUCAGAAGACGAAGAAGAGAACGAAUACCCUGAAGCCAGUGUUUCGACAGACAGAUCAAACGGGCCAAACUACCUGCUAGGACUGAACUACGCCAGCAACCCCACCGAAACAGCGGUCGAGUUAUACCCAACAAAACAGAGGCAAGAUGGAGAGUGCCCGGCUGUUGAACGCCUCAUUUCUGACUGCCAAUUUGCCGAUGAUUACGGACUUCCCAUAGACGAAGAAGCCAGGGGACUUUGCAACAGACAUGAACUCUGCUACGCAUGCGGAGGUACAAAAGAACUGGCGCCCGGGCAGUGCGACAACUUCUACCGCGCAGACGCCGCGUUGUUGUGCGACAAGGACGAGGAUUGUGUUCUGCAGGCGGAGUUGUUUCUGAGGACUCUUAAGCUGAAACACCGGUACAACCAGUACACGGAGGCGCUGUGCAGAGACGACUGCGUCAACGACGUCCUCGGAAUCAUGUUCUGAACGUCCUGGAGACAGCCGACUCCACGACCUGACCCACAGGAAGUAAAACAUCCUAGGUCACGUGACGCUGACAGUCCAAACGACGAAGAGGUUGAUAUUCGUUUGAGGAUAUUUCGCCGGAAGUUACUAUGAACUCCAAUUAUUAUUAUUUUUUUUUUAUACAGACGUGUGAAAAAAUGAAUUGUUGUUUAAUUCAAGAUAAUUUAUUGAUCUCAGCAACAACACUAAAUUGAAUAACAUAUUGAAUUGUAGUGGGGUUUUUUGACGUUGGAAAAUGUAUUCUACAGCAACAACUCACAAUUAAGUAUAUCCACGAUGGUAAAUACACUAACAUUUGUUUUUAAAUACAGAGGGAGUGUGUGUAGUGAUUCAAAAUAUCGGCUCUUUUGUAUGGGUUGUCAUUGUGAAUCCACUAUUCUACCCAGAUGAUUAAGUCGAUAUUUUAAGGCAGUGACCUCUUAUUUUAUUUAUCCUGCAAGUUAAAAUAGAACAACUAAUCGUAAGGGGUGGGAUAUAACUUAUUUGAGCUUCAUAAAGCAAACUAUUCGGCAAUAUUAUUGAUAAAAUCUAAUCACAUUCAUUUCAAUACGUAUUAUGAUUGCAGGAUAAAUUACGAUGUUAAGAGGAUACACGUGUGUGCCUGUUAAAGCGGAUGAUUAUCCGAGGUUGUUGCACACUAUUUUAAUUCGACGACGUAACGUCGAGCGAGCCCCGCCGAUGAGUAUUAUAUUUAUAACACUGUUGAGUUAAUGUUGUUAUGUUAUGUGGUUCCUAACAUUGAGAGUGGCGUCCCUUGUCGCGUGUCGUCAUAGACGGAGUGAUACAUAGUAUUAGCUGUAGUUUGAUGACUGUGACGUCUUUUAACUUCUUUACGUAGUACAGUGUUGUGUUGUCUAGUAAACACUGUUGUUAUA